AUGGCCGGCACGCCCGCCGCCACAGACUCCGCCACCGUGCCGAUGCUCCUGCCGCUCGACGACGACGCCGCCGCGGCGGCGGGCCGCGGGUGCUGGGAGGACGGCGCCAUCUCGCUGGGGCUGGUGGGCGUGCAGCUGGCUGGCGCGGCGUACAUGGUGGUGGUGACGCCCGUGCUGGCGCUGGGGCUGGACCCGCUCUUCCUCGUCGCCUUCGGCAGCCUCUGCACCGCGGUCCUCACCAUCCCCUUCGCCGUCAAGCUCGAGAGGAAGAAAUGGCCGUCGGAGCUGACAAGCCGGUUGCUUUUCCAGUUCAUCGUGCUGGCUCUGGGAGGGGUGACAGGAUUCCAGGCCCUGCUGCUGCAGGGCAUGAAGAUGACGUCCCCGGCCAUCGCCUCCGCCAUGCCCAACCUCACCCCCGGCUUCAUCUUCAUCAUCUCCGGCUGCCUCGGGUUCGAGAGGGUUGAUCUCAAGUGCCCCUACACGAGGGCCAAGAUCCUCGGCACCGUGGUCUGCCUGGGUGGCGCCAUCGCCAUGAGCGUCCUGCAGAGCCCGGACGCCCCGCCGGGGCACGUCAUGCCGCGGCCGGCGGAGCGCGCCGCCGCCGCGAGCUGGGUGGCGGGCUGCCUGUUCCUCCUCGGUGCGGUGCUCGUGCUCUCCGGCACGAUCGUCAUGCAGGCGGCGACCAUGCUCCACUUCCCGGCGCCGUUCACGCUCUGUUCCGUGACGUCGCUGAUCGGCGCGGCGCUGACGGCGGCGUUCCAGGUGGCCACGGCGGGGCAGUUCACCCCCGGGACGCCCCAGAUCAGCCUCCAGAUCGUUCUCUCCCUCGUGUUCGUGGGCGGGGUGGUGAGCUCGGCGUGCAUCAUGUUCCAGACGUGGGCGCUGGAGAAGAAAGGCCCCGUGAUGGUCUCCAUGUUCAGCCCCACGCAGACCGUCGGCACCGCCAUCUUCUCCGUGCUCUUCCUCGGGCGGGCCAUGCAUCUAGGAAGCAUAUUGGGUAUGGUUUUCCUCUUCUCCGGGCUGUAUGCGGUGCUGUGGGCAAAGAAGAAAGAAGGGCAGGUUCUUGCUGCAGAAAGGAAGGAAAGGGAUAGAACGGUGAACAGCGACAUGGAGAAGCCGCUGCUGUUCUGA